GUUCUAGGGAAUUUUUUUACAGUGAUGCAUUAUUUUUUAACUUAUAUCUAUUUUCGUUGUUAUGAUAAGUAACUUGCUUAGUACAUACAUAAAUGUUCCCAUAAUAAGUGAUAUUACUACGUUUUACGAUUAAUGAAAUGUCGCUAACAAGUUUAUUACCUGCACCAUCGCAGGUUGUAUGGGACAGAGAGGAUGAAGCACGAGAACAAAAAUUACGGCAAAGACCUGUAUCUGCUCUUGUUAAAGCAGUUAUUACUGCUCCACCAUAUGGUCAACGUAAAGGAUGGGUACCAAGAAAUCCAGAAGAUUUUGGAGAUGGUGGAGCAUUCCCAGAAAUUCAUGUGGCCCAAUAUCCACUUGGAAUGGGAAUGAAAGGAAAAGAAACAACCAGUAAUGCUUUAGCAGUUCAGCUUGAUGCUCAGGGGAAAGUGAAAUAUGAUGUUAUUGCUAGACAAGGUCAUUCUAAAGAUAAGAUUGUUUAUAGUAAAUUGAGUGACUUAUUACCUUCAGAAAUUACAAGUGAAGAAGAUCCUAGUUUACAGCGUCCACCAAAUGAAGAGAUUGAGGAACUGACAGAGAAAACUAAGAAAGCUUUGGAAAAAAUAACAAGAUCAAAAAUAGCUGCAGCAAUGCCAGUAAGAUGUGCAGAGAAACAAGCACCAGCACAAUAUAUUCGAUACACACCAUCACAACAAGGACAAUCAUUUAAUUCUGGAGCUAAACAGAGAGUAAUUAGAAUGGUUGAAGCUCAGAUAGAUCCUUUAGAACCACCUAAAUUUAAAAUUAACAAGAAAAUACCACGAGGACCUCCAUCACCUCCAGCACCUGUUAUGCACUCGCCUACAAGGAAAGUAACAGUAAAAGAACAGAAAGAAUGGAAAAUACCACCUUGUAUUAGUAAUUGGAAGAAUGCAAAAGGAUAUACAAUACCUCUUGAUAAACGUCUAGCUGCAGACGGUCGUGGAUUGCAACAGGUUCACAUAAAUGAAAAUUUUGCUAAGCUAGCCGAGGCUCUUUAUAUCGCAGAUAGAAAAGCUCGAGAAGCAGUAGAGAUGCGAGCACAGCUUGAGAAAAAAUUAGCUCAAAAAGAAAAAGAAAAGAAAGAAGACCAUUUAAGACAAUUAGCUCAAAAAGCCAGAGAAGAGCGUGCUGGAUUGAAAUCAGCUGCAAUGGAAAAAUCGGAAGAGUCACGGGAAAGAGAUCAACUUAGACAAGAACGACAUAAAGAUCGAGCUCGAGAGCGGAACUUAGCGCGUGCUGCACCUGAUAAGCGUUCUAGAUUGCAACGUGAAAGAGAACGAGAUAUCAGUGAACAGAUUGCACUUGGUUUACCAGCAAAAAGUAUUCCAAAUAGUGGAGAAGCACAAUUCGAUCAACGAUUAUUUAAUACUAGCAAAGGAAUGGAUAGUGGAUUUGGUCAUGAUGACGAAUAUAAUGUUUAUGAUAAACCCUGGAAAGAUUCUAACUCUAUUGGUUCGCAUAUAUAUCGUCCCAGUAAAAAUAUCGAUAAAGAUACUUAUGGGGAUGAUUUGGAAAAGCUUGUUAAGACGAACAGGUUUGUUCCGGAUAAGGAAUUCAGUGGAACUGAUAGAUCGACGACACGAUCAGGGCCAGUUCAGUUUGAGAAAGACGAAGAAGAUCCUUUUGGUUUAGAUCAGUUCUUGAAGCAAGCCAAACGUGCAAGCAGUUCUACUACUACAACUACAAAACGUAAAGAUGAACGGGAACAACGGAGAGAUGAUCGUGAUAAACGAAGGAAACAUUAAAUUUUCUUACAAUUUGAUUUUUCCU